UUAGUACAAACAGAAAUGAAGGUGCUUACUAAUAUGGCGGAGUACAUGAAUAAUAGAAUAGGAAAAUCAAUGGACAAAAACACAGUUUCUGAAAAAAAUCCCACUGAUGAUGGAUCUGUGAAAAACUUAGACACGGUGGAUUUAGAUAAUUUGUUUGCAUUCUUGACAGACGGAACAACCGUACCAACUAAUUCAGUAAUUGAAGAAAUAAAUGAUACCAUGAAUAGUUUGGUACAAGAUCUUGAUGGCGAAAUUGAGACUUGUAUGCAAAAGGAACCACUAAAUAACGUAGAUACUGAAAACAAGGAUAUGUUGCCAAUUUCAUCACUACCUGAACCCUUAAUGGCUCCACCUCCACCUCCA